GUAUCCUUUUCCGCAGCAACCAGCGCGAGCCCCUAGCAACGAAAACUUUGGACGUUUUUUGCAGUUUGUAUGUCUUAAUUUACAGACAGCGGACACAAACAUAAUUGAAAGUUACAGCGUAAAAUAUUAUCUAAAAUGGUGGACAUGAAGCCAAAAACUAAACGAGUAUUUGUGAAUGAUGUUGACGUCUUUUCUUCAAAAAAUAUUGCCAAGUUUUUGUCCUCAUGCCUAAUUGAGGAAGAUGAGGAGGGAGAAGAACCUGCUACACCCAGGGGUGAACCUGCUUUUCAAAUUGUGGGGACAGUGUCAUCCUCACUUCAAAAUCAAAGAAAUAGUGGCAUGACUGAAUACUAUGUGUCACCAACUCGUGAGGAACUCCUGGGCCACCUUCUUAAAUGUGAUGUCAUUCUGUACAAUAUUUCAGAAAAUUCCACACAACAAAUGAUUAAUGAAGCUACAUGGGCCUUAACAACUCUUCAUGAAGAAAUGGAGAAUUUCAAGUCCAGGAAAUUGUUCAUCCUAAUCUCUUCAGUGAUGACAUGGGCCAUGACUAAGCCACAGAAUCCUGAUGAACCAGACGUCCCAAUAUCAGAAGAGCAGUUCAGAAGAAGACGACCACAUCCCGCUUUCAGAGCACACAAUGAAUUGGAGAAACUUGUGUUGAAGCUUGGUCGAACUAAAAAGACCAGGCUUCCAGCAUAUGUGGUUUCUAGUGGUCUUCAGUAUGGAAAAGGAGAAAACCUCUUUCAUUUCUUCUUCAAGGUUUCGUGGUUGAUGCAAAGUCCGGAGGUCCCCAUGUUUGGCCCGGGAACAAACUAUAUACCUAUGAUUCACAUACAUGACCUUGGAGGAGUGAUACAAAGCAUAAUACAAAACAAACCAAAGGCAAAGUACAUCCUCGCUGUUGAUGACUCUAAAAACACACUGGAGGAAAUAGUUAAUGCAAUUAGUACUGCACUUGGACAUGGAAAAGUAAAAGAAUUCACAGAGCAAGAGGCAAUAUCUAUGAAGGCUUUUCAGCCAAAAGAGCUGGAUUACCUGAAGAUCAACCUCUCUCUGGAUGCUUCUCUGAUAAAAGAGUUAAACACCCAAUGGACCUCUGAAAAUGGGAUGGUGGAAAACAUAGACAACAUUGUGGAAGAAUACAAAGUGACCAGAAAUCUCCUUCCACUUAAAAUCUUCUUGUUUGGGCCUCCUGCAGUGGGCAAGACAACAAUUGCUAAGCAGCUAUGUGUUUAUUACCAACUGAACCACAUAAAAAUUGAAGACGUCAUUGAAGAAAAGCUAAGGGAACUGGGGGAGCCAGAGAGUGAUGAUGCUGCAGAUGCUAAACAAGAAGAGCUGAGGGAAAUCCUAAGAAGUUUUGAGGAAGAUGGAGGUCUCUCAGCUGAUGAGAAAUUACUUGAAAUUGUCAAGGAAAAACUUAAUUCAAAGCCAUGUUCAAACCAAGGCUUUGUUCUGGAUGGUUUCCCCCACACGUAUGAACAGGCACAGGCUCUAUUCUCUGAUGCAAAUCCAGAAACUCAGGAGUCCAUAUCCAUUGAACCAGUUUACAACAAGAAGAUCACACCAGACAACAUAUUUGUCCUGAAUGCGUCUGAUGAGUUCCUGAUAGAAAGAGUACAGGCCCUUCCAGAGAGCGUAGCAGAGAAGAUGCACUACACACAGGAGGCCUUCCUCUCUAGGCUGAAGGGGCACAGAAACCGCUGUGCUGCUGAUGAAACACUACUGGACUACUUUGAAGAGCUGGAGAUUUACCCUGAAGAAAUUGGUAUAAAUUCCGAUGAUCUGGAGUACACAGCUGCUUUGAAGAGGAUCAUUGGGAUGGUGGGAGAGCCUAAAAACUACGGCCCGAGUCCAGAGGAGCUGGAAGCCCAAAGGCUCAAGAUGGAGGAGGAGAAGAGGCAGAGACUGGCCAAUGAGGUUACAGAGAGGAAACGCAGGAACCAAGCCACCCUGGCAGAGAUGGCAGCUCACUAUCAGGAGUGGAAGAAGAACCUGUCAGAGCUGGAGCGACAGGAGCAGGAGCGGCAGAGUGCUCAGUCCCUGCCUCUGAGGCUGUACCUGAUGAUGUAUGUAAUGCCCUCUCUGUCUGAGGCUAUGCUCGAGUGCUCCAAGGUCCGUCCCGAGGACCCUGUCGACUUCCUGGCUGAAUAUCUCCUAAGGAACAGCACUGAGAACUCACAAAAGGAUUAGUUUUUGUUUUUUUUUUAUUUCCAUUAUUUAUUAUUAACAGCUCCACAGAAAGGAAGUACUGGUACUAUUUUUAAUACUUGAUUUAACACUAUGCAAUAUAACAUGAAAAAGCUAUGUCCCUUUAAGCCACAAGAGGGGGUAAACUCCAUGUGAGAUGGAUUUGGUGGACAAGUCUACUUCUACUUCAGUGCAGUGUUUUGUGCUACCAUGUAAAAUACAAUAUUAUAUCCCAUACAUUCCAAAAGCAGGAUUUUGUCUCUGUUUGCCAGUAAAGUCUUGAUCAACU